AUCAGUCAGACAUUUUCCCUAAAACGGUGCGGACGUUAAAGUUAAACUGAUACGGAAAAACUGUAUUAUGUUAGUUGUUUGACGAUUUGGAUACACUUUAUAAGAAUAUACAAACAAACUAACAUGCAUACAAAGAGUGCAAGCAUAAAUAGUUGAAACAUUUGAUGUGAAGGGAAAAAUAUGCACUGACGGGACUUUCUAACAAACAAAUAAAACAAAACACAAAAAGCAAAACGCACAAAAAAUAACUAAAUAAAUCGAAACAGUGAUAAUCUCAUACUAUUUGAUUAAUUGAAAACUACAACAAAAAUGACUUUGUAAUAUUGAAAAUAGUCAAGGCAUAAAACUCGCAUCACUAUUUCUCAAAAGGAGCAAGGGAAGCACGAAAAAAGGCUGAAAGUGGCGUUGUGAUAUCACUGAGCAGCACAGACUCCAAUACAGGCUCGAGUGAAGAUGCAUCGGAACCGGGCUCACCAUUUAGCCAACACUCAAUAAUAGGCGACGAGCAACAGAGCAAUUCGCCCGCCAAGGCUAGUAAAAGUGGCUCCGAAAGCCAUAGAAUCAUGCCAACACAAACAAAAUUGGCUCCGGCGAAAGGCAACGCCAACAGUGGACAAGCGACAAAUGUUAGCUCGAAUGCUUCCACUAGUGGCUCAAACGUCCAUGCACACACUGUCACUGGAACAAAUAGCAAUAGUAACAAUAACACUGCCAAAUUGAAACAAAUACAACAGCAACAACAAAAAAACAACACUGCCACCACACGUAAUGGACUACCUACACUUCAAUGGCCCUGGAAUACUGCGUCAAGUAGUAGUACCGCACAUCCAACUAACUCGCCAGGGUCUGCGCAACAAAGUAAAAAGCGUAGUGCUGUUAGUGUAAUGUCUCCAGACAAUAACUCAGGUAAAAAAGCAAGGAACGCUGGUGCUGAUAGCGCGACAAAUUGUUCUUCCGCGAGCACGUCCUCCAGCGCAAGUGGAAUUAGCGCUGCAAAAAGACUGAAAGCGGCGGCAUUAGAGGAGUCGCAGACGAAAAUCACCGGUUACUUUAAGUCUCAAAUGAAAUCGCAAAUCCAUCAAAAUAAUAUCACUAAACGCAAUAUGGAAUCUGUGCUGAUCGCGGCCUGUAGUUCGUCGGGCACUGGUAUGAGUACAACUUCGCUUACAAUGAGUGCACCUGCCACUACUGCCUCACUAAACAAAUACUUCAACAUAUUAGCGCAGUUGAAGGAGAAUAGCAACCUCAAUAACAGUGGCGGUAGUAGCAACAGUAACUCUAUACCCAAACCAGCUCUAAUUUCAUCAUCUACGUCUUUAAAUAGUAACAUAAUUGCAGCAGCUCCAUCGGCGCCGACUUCAAACUCUGCCACACCAUCAACAUCUGUCACAUCGGGUUCGUCCGCAGGUGGUGUGAUUGCACUUACCGCAGCCACUGCGAUGCCGACCAUGCCGGUGCCUGCUUUGAAAAAGAUCGAACGGAGUAAGCCUACCAAAAUUGCUCAGGUCGCGCCUAAUUUGCGAAAAACCCCUUCAACUUCGGGAAACUAUACAAAUGGGACCGGUAAAUCACCUGCAAAAAAGCAUGUAGCCAUAGCGCCGCGUACGCCUGAAAUGAAACAACAACAAAUGCAGCAACAGCAACAACAAGCCGCAGCGAAAGCUGAAGCAGCUGCUGCAAAACAGGCGGCCACAUCAGCUACACAACAGCCUCAAACAGCCACUCAGGUGACGGCAAACCCACCAGCAGUACUGCUUACUGCCAUACGUUUGCCUGCACAAACAACUAAUGCGUCUACGCCAGCAACGGCCACACAGCUGAAGUCAGCAGUAGCUCCUCCGAAGUUAGCGCCGGUUGCAACAGCCACUGCGACAACAACAACUGCCGCACCUGCAACUGGUCAGACGCUUUAUCAACUUCCCGCCGUACAACUGCCGAAUCUAGUCCAACUGCCUCAGCUAUUAGCUGCCACCAAUGGCGCAAAUAUAAUGCAGUUGAACAAUGUUGCAACAGCAGCGAAAAACGCCAAUACAACAGCGGCCGCUGCAGCCGCCGCAGCAACGUCAGCACAAGCUGCACAGGCAGCAGCCGCCCAAUAUUUUCUUAAUGGUACUGUGUUUAAACUGCAGCAAUUCACUACUGCAACUACAACAACAGCAACUUCAGCGGUGGCUGCCGCUAGUGCCGCUGCCACUGCCAACCCAUUCAACUUGAUGACUGCCGCAGACCUACAAGAUAUACUCAUUAAGCAGCAACAACAGCUUCAACAACAACAACAACUACAAUUACAGCAACAACAGAAAGCUGCGGCCGUUGCUGCCGCUGCAGCCGCUUCGGCUACAAACUCAAGUUUCCAGGAGAUCUUCCAGCAACAAAUCGCUGCGGCUAUUGCGGCGAAUCAGCAGCAGCAGCAACAACAACAACAGCAGCAAUUUCAACAGCUACAACGCUUGGGAGCAGCGGCUGCACAACCGGUAUUUAUGGCCACUCCAGCGGGCCUGCUGCUAAACGCGGCCUCACUACCAGCCAUGCUGGCACAAGCGGCUGCUGCGCUAGCUGUGAACAACAGCCAACAGCAACAACAACAAAAGCAAAUUCAAAUGCAGCAUCCACAGCAACUGCCUGCCCUUCAACCGAUACAGCCAAGUGCGCUACCUGCUUUAAGUUCCAUAUUCGCUGGUGCAGCUCAGCAACAACAGCAGCAAGCUGGUACCACGCAUGAGCACCACACUGACUUCCAGCAACAGCAGCAACAACUUUUAGCAUUUUUCCAACAACAACAACAACAGCAACAACCACAAUUUAUAACAGCAACUCAGCCACCACCCCUCUCGGCUGUAAAUGUGACCUCGGCGCCAAGUGCAUCUUCGGCAGGAACAUUAACGCCACUGCCAGUUAACGCAACCACAACCGUCACCCCUGUCAAUAACGUGAACACUGCCAAAUUGGCUAUAGUAAAAGCAAACACUGCCUCUACAGCUCCACAACAAUUUACAGCACUGAAUUCGCAGCCGCCGCCAUUGGUCACUAUUUCACAUGGCAAAACACGCGCCGCGGCAGUAGCGCCGGCAACUGUUAACAGCACUCCUGUGAACACUAGCGCAUCGGCAAACAAACCAGCAGCACUUGCAAAACCGUAUCAGAAGCGAAUGCCAAAAGUCGCGCCAACUCCGGUACCAGUAGCGCCCGCACCAAGCAAACCUUCACUAGCAAGUGCCAAAGCGAAGAUCUCUACCAAUUGUAAAAUCAUUGCCACGCCUACUACGCCGCCUCCAUUAGUGCCAGCGUUGAGUAGCAACUCUAGCAAUUGUGGAAACGUUGCGUCGUCACCCACCAGUCGUACUGCCCCAAUGACGAAGCAAUUGCUACCUGCUGCUGGACUGCCUACGCCUGCACUCAUAAGCAUCGCACCCGCACCGGCUACGAAUACAACAACAACUACCGCGGCAGGCGGUGUCAAUGCAACAGUAAUUCCAAGUGCCAUUAAAUUGUCACCAUUACCGCCGCUUGCUCCGAAAAUAAGCAUAACACCAACACCAAUAACAACCACCAUACCUUCCCCAGCGCCACCAACAGCAAAAGUAAUCAUUGCCAGCACUACUGUUACUUCAACCACAAACACAACUUCCACUCCUGAUCUCUUCGACUUGGUUAAAAAUUCGAAUGGCGCCGUCACAAUAGCUGCACCCCUCACAAGCAGUAACAGCAACAGUAGCAACAAUAACGUAUUUAACAAGUGUACUUCGCUACUGCCUUCAUUCUGCAACUCAUCGCUGUCGUCGUAUUCAUCCGCGUCCUCGCCUUCUCUUUGCUCCACUUCCAACACCACAUCGAGCGAUAGUUUCUGCUCUAAGAUCAAAGAGGAGCCUCUGGAUGAAGUUGCCGCUGUCCCGUCUGCUAACACAUCCGAUAGCGGUAUUAAAUUGGAAAGCUUUACUGCAUCAACGCAUAAUCAAAUGCUAUUGGGGGAUAUUAAGGUCGAACUAAUGGAAGACACAACUGAAAUGUACCCCUCAACUAGCACCGGUACUUCGGCCAGCAUCGUCAAAGGCAUCACGCAAGCGAAUGAAUAUUCAUCGUACUCGUUUAGCUCACACUCGAAUUCCGUGUCUUCGGCAGCUGAUCUCUCGCUUGAAGCCUCUACCCCACCGUCGCUCUCUUCGCUAUCCGCCUCCUGUUCCUCUGCACCAUCCCCAGCACCUUCUUCGUCGGUGGGUGCGUCACCGCGCAAUUCCCCGCCUCCACUGCCGCCAACACAAUCAUGUGAAUCAAAUUCUGCAUCUCUUAGCUCAGAAUCAUCCGCAUCAUGUGUCACUGCAGGUACGGGCAGAGAUAUGCUUAGCGAAAUGGUAACAUCUUCAUGCAUAUCAUCCAAUCUUACGUCGGAUGUGUCGAACUCGGUAGAUGGCACAACGGCGAAUCAGAAGGUGCUUACCGCCGGAUUCGAAGAUAUAGAAAAGGAUGCCAAUGUGGAUGAGGAAAUCGGCGAAAAACGCGAUUUACCCACACCGGAGUCUGGCAUUGGAGGCAGUUUGACAGCUAGCGAAAGCAGCGAAUCCAUCGUCAGCUCAAUCUCCAAUAAUAGCAGUAAAGCUGAAGUAAUAGCUAACAUCAUCAAUUCGAUUGACUCCAAUUCGCCGCCACCCACUCCACUGUCCGGCAUUAGCGCCAGCAGUGCAGAUAGCGCAAGCCGCAGUAUCAGCUGCUUGCGUUCCACCUCCAGCGAUAACAAUUCAAUCAACAGCAAUGUACCAUCACCGAUCUCACCACCUACGACUUUCAGCGCUGAUUUAAGUAGUGGCGCUUCUUUAUCGGAAACAACAACAAGUUCUACCUCCAACAGUGCCGUGCCUAUUGCAUCCAAUUUGCCUAACAGCAUUGACAAUAGCAAUUCGAACAGCUGCACCAGCAGUAGUAGUAGCAGCAUCAGCGGCGAUCCGCAGUCAACGUCCAGUAGCAGCAAUUGCUUCAACUCUACACCUACACUCAUCGACACCAAACUCGCUGAGUCCAACAGUGAAUCACUGCCUAAAUGCGCUAUCUCGCCAAUACUCUCUCAGCCGAAAACUAUACGUUUCCCUGCAGAAGCAGGCGGUUUUCGCUAUGGUCCAAAAGGUGCUAAACGUCAUGAUGGCGUAUGUUACUGGGAUAAAUGCAAUAAGAAGCAUGACAGCUGCUCCAAAUUACUGGAUCAUAUGCAGACACAACAUGUGAACACACAAACCGGUCCAUUCUCAUGCCUCUGGGUCGGUUGCAAGGUAUAUAACAAGGAAUCGUGUUCGCGCCGCUGGUUGGAACGGCAUGUACUGUCUCAUGGAGGUUCCAAACAGUUCAAGUGCAUUGUCGAAGGAUGCGGACUUCGUUUUGGAUCACAGCUGGCUCUGCAAAAACAUAUUAAUAAUCAUUUUACGGCUACCGAAAAUAAGGAGAGCUCGAACAAACGUACCUCAGAUCCACCAGUGCCCAAACAAUUGCGAAAGAAUGGCAAAAAGUUGCGCUAUCGACGUCAACCAUUCUCAGCGCGAAUGUUCGACUUCUUUGAUGCCGGAAUAAUGGAAGGUCUUCAGCAUCGUCUGCGUCAGAUUAGCGUGCUUUCUGAUGGCUGUAGCGCGAUAACAUUUCAUGGUCAAUGCAUGAUGCAGCGCCGCACACGGCAAGGUACUUACGAAAGUUUCGUUUCUUGGACGCCUCGUGAAAUCAUAUCCGAUGAGUGGGUCCCAACUUGCGAGGGACCAUACACAAAGACAGUUAACAUCAGACAAAUGCGUCCUGCAGAGAAGAUUAAGGUUGAGGGUCUACUUGCCACUGCUUACAAAUUACCAUAUUCGCCUAACCUCUUCGAUGAUGUCGACGACGAAGAUGAGGAGGAUGAAGAGGAAGGUUCCGAUUAUGAGGACGAAGAUGAUGAAAAUAAUGACGAAGAAGAAUUAGCUACUUUAGUAGAAACGGUGCGCAGCUCACAACAGCAAAGUGUAAUUGCUAUUUCCCGAUUGCAAAUGCAGCAGCGCCGCAAACAUCCGCGUAAGCCGAUGAAACGUGUGCAUAUAGAAACGCCAUUAAAUGUUUAAAAAAUUGAAGAAAGUUAUAGUGGAAUAUACACUACAACGGCUCAAUGAUCUCCUACUGAGAAUAGCAAAAGAUGCAAGAAAUGCAGCGCUAAGUUGCGACGUCUAUCCUUGUGUGAUUGUAACAAGCCGAAAAAUAUAUCGAUGCUUUGGAGGCAAUCUAAUUUAGUGGUUAAUUGGUUAAUUUGAAACAGUUUCAUUUUCGUAUAUCAGCAGCGCACACUACUACGCAACGGAUUUAGACGAGUUUAGUAUGAAAACUGCAGGUCAACUAUACAACAUAGAUAAGUUUUUAGUAUUUUUUCUUUAGAAUUAUUCUGAAUAUUGAAUUGAACAUGCAAACAAAUGUAAAUUGUAAUCGCACCUAAGUUCAGAUAUAUAUUUUCGAUUAAUUUUAUUUUUUAUAAAUGUAUUAAAAAUUUAACAUAACAAAUUAUUGUAGAGCAAAACGUAGAAAUUAUAUUUAGCAGUUACAAUAAGACAAUUAGCAUACAUAUAAAGAUGUUUUGUUUUUUGGUUUUUGUGUUUUUACCAAUAACAAGUAAGCCACUUUUAAAUCGCGUAACAGAAAAACAAGAAAAAGUGUGUGAAGUUCUAAUUGAUUAAUUUAUAUUUAUUAAUUUAUAUGCGUUUUUAGUUGAUUUUGUCUGCUUUAGCAAAAUGUUUUUAUUUGUUUUAGUAAGCUUAAUUAUUAUUUUUAAUAUUUGAGUAAUAGUUUAAAGUUAUCCAUUCUUAUACUUUGGAAUAUCAAGCAUUUACCAGCCGUUAAUAUGUAAAUGUCUCAUAGCACAUAAUUGUUGUAAUAUAGAGUAGUACUGUAAGGUGCUUCAGAGUGCUGUAAGUGACUUCAAUAAUGCAAUUCAAUUCAAUUCCAUUGUUAUUAGCAACAGAGUUUCAUAAAAAAAAGUUUAGCUAAAUGCCAUGUGAUACCUUAGUUGAUUUUUUUUUUUUUUUGUUUUUGUAAAUUUUAUCAAACUUAUUUGUCGUGAUUUAUAGUUAAAAAAAUGCACAUAACAGAAAUGAGUUAAGGGGGAACGCCACGCAGAACGCGUGAAAAUUAAGUGAUUUUCAUGAAUUUUUUUUUUUAUAAGUAGGGAUGAUCAUUUGAAGAUCGGACAAAUUAAAAUUUAUUUAACAUAUAUUCAACUAUACUGACACGAAUUUUUAAUUAAAAAUAUUAGAAAUUACAAUUGUUAUUAAUAUUAAGCCAAUGACGUCAUAAAAAACUGAUGCACCCUGGUGGCCACGAUAUAGCGGUGAAAAAUCAUCUGAAAGCAGAAACCCAAAAAAAUGCUUAAUCUAUACAUCAAUGGCUAUGGGAUACGGUACACUAGACAGGGCUAGCUUACUGGGGCGGCAGCCCUUGGUCGGGAAAAACCCGAGUCAUUCCGGUAACGUAGAACCGGCUGCCAAUGGCUAUCGUCGUACGUGGCGGUUUAUAGGUAUAUAUUAUUAUUAUCUUUUUUUUUUUUAGAAAAUGGUGCAGAUUUGAAAAUUGAGUUUGUGUUUUUAACCUUUUUUUCGAAAGGCUUGAAAAAAUAUUAAUUUUCGGAAUUUUUGAAAACGGCUGUGUACGACUAUAGCCAAUACAUGCACAAAAAUUAAAAAAAAAAUUAAAAUCGGUUCAUAAGUCUUCGAGAAAUCGAGGCCACCGUGUUCAGAAAAGUCGUUUUGAGAAAAACGCGUUUAAAGUUUUCAUUGGCCGUUGUAACUCACUACCUGCACUUAUUGUAUUGGGUAUAACUUCGUCAAUUUUCAAGAUUUUAAGUAAAUUUUUUUUUUACAUAUUUUUGAAUAUAUCUACUUUAAGAAAAUGCAAAAAAAAUCGAUUUUAUUUUGAAAAAUCACAGUGGUAUUCCCCCUUAAAACAGAAGUCAAGCUUGAUUUAAUAUUUUUGACGUUAUUCAGUAACUACUAAUAUGCAUUUUCUUUUUAUAAUGAAGAAAAUAUACGAAACGAAGUGCGUGUUAAUAAACUGAAUGCUGAGUUAUGAAAACGGUCUGAAUUCCUUAGUUUUUUUUUUUUGAAUAUAAAAGGAGUAUUAAAACAGAAUUUCAACAAAGUAAUUUAAAUUUGCGAAAUUUCGCGCCAAUCGAUUGUUAAAAAAUAAAACGAAUUCUACAAACUCCGCUCGUUGCUAUCAUGACAAACACUUUUAGCGCCCUUUGAAGAAAUCACUUACAAACGCUAUCUCAAAGCACUUUAUAAGACAGAACCUUAUCAAAAAACGCGCCAACCAGCCAACAGCAUAGGGCACAAGUGUCCACUAGCCCACCCGUUAAGGAAGUUGCAAAGAGAAAACAAAUGAACAAAUUUCAUAUUUUUUAUUUGUAAAUAAAUAUGUUUAUAUGCAUAGUUUUUGUUAAUGUUUAUAUUUUUUAGACAUGGUUUUAAUUUUUUUUUUAUAUAAAAAGAGCCACUUAGUUGCGUAGAUCUGAACGCUAACAAAUGUCAUGCAAUGCAAAGCAAAUACAAGAAGACUUUUUGAAACUGCUAUUUAAUUGAUACAAACGUAUGUAUUUAAGUAUUUUGUAUCUCGAGUACAAGCCGCAUUCAGAGAGAGAGAGAGAAAGUGUACAUUGAUAGGUUUAUAACAGUACGCAAAUGUGCCGUAGUUAGUAGUGUAGGUUAAUGUAAUAAAUGUCAGCAAUGCUUGCUAGUAAAAUUAUUAUACAUUUAGCAUAUAAAGAUAUAUAUGAAAAAAUACAACAACACCAUGUGACUGGUUUGAAACAGAGCAAACGUUCGUAUAAGAACCUACCUAUAAACUGGAAUUACAAUUAAAUAAUUAUAAUUUUUAUAAAAUUAUUUUCGUACCUAUGUAACACUUAAUUCGUAAUGCAAUUAGUUAUUUAUUUUGUAAAUAAAAAACGACAACAAGUUUCAAGCACUGCAGCGAGCAGGCUAGAAGGGGCUCAACACCUUUGUAAAUCUAGAGACUCCACACGCCUGCCUAUUAUUACAUGCGCAUAGACAUUCGCUACUAAAUAAAUUCUUAUUUGUAAAACAGCGUAAAAUACGAUGAAAGCUAUUUUAUAUAUAAAUUGUAAAAACGUAAUGUCAGCUACUCAGCUACUCAGCAAGCAAAUCAUUUAGUCAAAAUCACAAAGUAAAAUUGAGAUCAAUAGCAUUUAAGUUUAGUUUAGUGUGUUUAGAGCGUUUUUUUUUAUUUCUUAUUAUUAUUAUUGUUUUUUUUUUUUUUGACACAUGCCAGUGCCUAUGUGCACCAGCCUGUGCGUAGGCAAAUCAUAUAUGCAACAAGACUUGUACUAUUUAAAGAAGAAGCAAAGGUCCGACUUAUUGUAACUAAGUUUUUACCCGUGCGACGACACAGCCACUCUAAAACGUACGUUUGCCAAGUAAUACAUACAUACUUACGCGUAGGUAUGUCUAGUUUAUUUAAGCUUAAUUAAUAUGCAUCUAUUGAAAUGCGUAUUUCAGCGCCGUCACGCUUCUUUCACGAAUUAGUCGUUAGUUGAAAAGUUACGAAUUAUAAAAAUGUUAUUUUUGCUUUUCCACACACUUAGUAUUACACGCACUGUAUAAUAGUGACUAUAUUUCUCUGCUCAUAUACCGAUUUACUAUGCUACUAUGAACAGCAAACAAAUUUAACAAAUAUCUAAUUUUUUUUUUUUUUUUGUUAAGGAAAACGAAUUUUCUUUGUAUUGUAGGAAAUCAACGCGUUUCGGUUUUAAGUAUUCGCAAGUUUUACUGCUAUCCGGCAGAAAAUGAAACUGGAACAUAAACAAAAACAACUCAAAUUUUACGCGGGUUAAUAUUCACUUUUUUGCAAUUUUUUAAGUAAUUGUCGUUUGAAUUUUUUUUUAAUUUUUAUAGCUGCUAGUAAAUUACACAUAUUCAUAUAAUAAAAUAAUAAAAACAAAAAAAAAAACAUUUACAUAUAUACUUUAAGCAUAGAUACAUAAACCGUUUGGUACUAACGUAUAUUAGCUGCAUAUGCGUGUGUGUUCGCAACAUACUACAUUCACACAUAAAUACAUACAUCUUAUGCAUUUUCAUUACCUUACCAUUAUACAAAUAUUUUAAUGCUAUAAUUUGUAUAUACAUAAAAAUCGUGCAGGUAUAAGCUAUUAUACGCGUACACACAAUAUUUUGCAUACCUACAAGCAUUUUUUCCAUUAUUGCGAAAUAUAUGAAAAAUAAUUUUUUAA